UUUUUUUUUUUUUUAGGAAUUGACUUUAAAAUCAGAACAAUAGAAUUAGAUGGGAAGAAAAUCAAACUGCAAAUAUGGGAUACUGCAGGCCAGGAGAGAUUCCGCACCAUCACAACGGCGUAUUACAGAGGUGCCAUGGGGAUAAUGCUGGUUUAUGAUAUCACCAAUGAAAAGUCUUUUGACAAUAUUAAAAACUGGAUAAGGAACAUAGAAGAGCAUGCUUCUUCAGAUGUAGAAAGGAUGAUCCUGGGCAACAAAUGUGACAUGAAUGAGAAAAGGCAAGUUUCGAAGGAAAAAGGAGAAAAGUUAGCAAUUGACUAUGGCAUCAAGUUUCUGGAAACAAGUGCAAAGUCCAGCAUCAACGUGGAAGAGGCUUUCUUCACCCUUGCACGGGAUAUUAUGACAAAGCUCAACAGAAAAAUGAAUGACCACGGUCCAGCAGCUGCCGGCGGGCCCCUGAGAUUAACGGAGAACCGGUCGAAGAAGAGCAGCUUCUUUCGAUGCACGCUGCUUUGACGAACCUCUGAAAACAGACUGCAGCCUACCUAGAAAAAAACCUUUUCCUGCUUCUCUGAAAGCACGGGCUGCCCCAGCCUCAGAGCGGCUGCUGCUGAGGGCUCUGUUUGAACAUGGAACACGCUGAACCAAGAGCGGAUGGGCCUGGGCUCACUCUGCGGGCCGCCAUCGCCAGGCUCUUCCCUCCGAGAAAUGGAAGCUGUGAAGUGGAGAGAGAGGCUCCCCGGGCCAGAGCUCGCUUUUCUUUCCUUGUCUCACUGCCUGCUUCAAAAGCUGCUGAGUAGUUUCUUUGCACUUCUGCAUUAGUCCUUGUUGCACGUUAGGGCCGUGUCAUACGUGCACAGAGCAGUUGGUGGUUUGGUGCUUGUAAGCCUUCCUUACAAGCUUUGUCCACUUCUUUUUUCCUUUUCAGCGACUGCAAACAUCUCUGUUUAAAGCCUGCCGACCAUCAAGGGCGUGAUCCCGCCCUCCCCAGCCAGGGCCGGGGGACCCCCCAUCUGCUGCAGCAGCCUCCUCCGCUCCCAUUCGUUUGCGGCCCUUUGCCAUCCAGUCCAGAAGGGCAGCUGGCUGGAAGUCCAUGGUCUUUCCAUGGACCCCGUGGCCGUGGAAAGGGGAAGUGGCACUGGGCACCCGUGGGGAUCUGGGGUGCGUGUUUGCUGGGCACGUGUUGGCCUGGAAUAUGUUCCGAGUCUUUUUUCCCUGGGGAUGCCAAUAGAUAAGGCAACCGUAAUGGAGAGGUGGAAAACUCAAAAAACUUAAAAGCUCCUUUUGGGUUCAGAUUGUUUCACAAAUAUACCUGUGUAUAUCAAAAUGAGUUUGUUUUUCUGAACGCAGGAUGUUUCUUUUCUGGGUCUCAUGGAAAGAAAAUGUUCCCUGACUGUUCACAGCAUCUCCUCUUGUACCUUAAUCUGGCUCUACUACAGCUUCACUUCUGUUUCUUGCUGCACUCGGUUGAAUCAAAUCCCUGCUUUUUCCCCUGCAUUAAGUGCAGUGGCUCUCUGAACCCGGAUAGAGGAGGCCUGUGUAGUGGGUGUAGGUGGGGUCCCAAUCCAUCAGAAGGCGACGGCUUGAUGAGGCUAAGGACUCUCCUUGGUCCUUGAAGUCCCAGAUCUUGGUUCAGAGCUGUAACGCAGACUGAAGCUGAACUGCCUUCUCAUUUCUGGGCUUGGUGUGCGAUGCCGCGACCGAACGCCUUUGAAACAGGUGCUUUACUCUUACUCACGUGCCAAACCUGGGACUGUGCACGCGGUAACUCCUAGCUCCACCGCCUCAUCCAGAAGGCACUGCCUUCCCACGGUCUGCUCCGUUGGUGUGCCAGGCCCUUUGCAGUAUUUCGUUUCUGAGCUUUGAGCACUGACAUCAUUCUUUUCCUGGGAUACCUGGGACGGGUCAGCCAUUUUUGCGGAGCUGCGAGCAUGGCUCCUCUGUUAGGCCCUUAAGGACUGGCUGCGAUGCCCCGUGUCGUUCAAGGGAGGACAGGGCGGGAGCGCUGGGCAGCAAGACACGCCUUUGCCUCUUUGCCCCUUCCACCAGCACGUUAGCAUUUGAGAGCAGAAGUGCUUUCUUGGAGGCAGGGGACACGCACCCCCAGGGCAGGUCCACCGGUAGUCACCUCUGAUUGUAGAACCUCUCUCUCAGGAUUGUCUUAAACCAAAACUGACGUGCCCGUCGCAUAUUUCCCUUCCUUUGCUUUUCUCUUGGUUGGCAUUCUCUUCCACCUCUUGGGUUCCGCAUACGAAGGCUUCGUCUCUGAACAUUUCUCCUUGAGAGAGCCUGCAGCUAGUUGAAAUGUUACAAAGUGCUUUUUGAAGCAGCAGCAAAUUGGGGUAUCUACUCUGUUUUAUUAAAAAAAAAUAUAUGCUAUUUUCUUACUUCUAGCUGUGCUACAGUGUACAUAAUUUGAGUAAGACCAUAGGAAUUUCACUUUAAGCUUUGUGUAAGGGUAACACACAGUUAACUUUCCUUUAUAAUAUUAAAGUUUAGGUUUUGUUCCUGUCAGUUGUUUAAUGACAGAACUAUUUCUUCCCUGCUGGACUUUUUUUAAGAGACUGUUACCUGGAAACAGCCUUAGUCUUAAGGAAAAGGUUUAGCCUCUGCAGCCACAUUAAGGGCCACAGGUGCCCGCUUGAAUUUUUUUUACAGGGGCCUUGUUGUAGAGAAAGCUUGUCAAAUGGAGAUCUGCUGCAUCCUGUCCUCCUUAUCCAAUCUGCAGUCCUCCGGAUGUGCUGGGCUACAGGCCCCAUCACCCAAGGCCAGCAGGGCCACGCUGGCCACAGCAUAGCACAUCUUGUGGGCAGCCAGUUGGGGAAAGGCCAUGCAAGUGGAUUGACUGGUUGCGAAGGCUCUGGCAGCGGUGGGGGGUUGCCAUCCCAUCCUUCGCUUGAGCAGACCAAGGCCUGUGCAAAGGGGCCCACCCACAGAAGCCAAACCGUGGAGUAUUGAGCACCGAAGCCCAGCCCUGGGAGUGGCACCCUGCGCAUCUCUGGUGGGCUGGGCUCUGGAGCUCUGGCCCUCCUUCAAGGUGGAGGCCUUGAAGGUGACUCUUCCGUGUUUUCGAAGGACGGAACAGCCCGGGGUCUUUCCCUUUCCUUCGCCCGUCUCUGGCUUAUUGCCCCCUGUCCCAGAGAGAGAAGGCAGACGGAAAACGGGCAGCCUGUCCUUUCAUCGUGCCAUUCUCCUCUCCCUUGGCUUCUCAUGGUUUUAAGGAUUUUUAAGUGUUACCCAUCCAGUUCCACCUUCAGGCUCCUGUGCUGCAUGUGAGAAUAGAAAAAACCCUUUUCUGAACUUGGGUCUUCUGUAUAGUACUUGUAUAAUACUUACCAGCUUUUUUUUUAAUAAAUGGGGUAUGUACAUGUACCGAGUGCUUUCCCAUGUCUUACUUUUCAGAUGUGAAAGAAUAAAAUCCAUUGUGACUGGUA